AUGAGUUUAAAGAAACUGGAAAACCAAUUUGUAAAUUAUGUCAACAACAACAUUGGUAUUGUUCAAAUAAUACUUUUUCAAAAGCAGUUGUAAAUAAACUAACAAAAAAAAGAAAAUAUGAAGAAACUAAAGAAAAAACAGAAAAAAUAAAUAAAAAACUUAAAAGUAUCAAGGUUAAUGCUGAUUUUUCUAAUAUUAAAGAACCAUAUUUUAAUCAAGAAAUUGAUAUUGAACAAGAAGAAUAUAAAGAAGUUGAUUUAGGUUGGGGUGACUUAAAACAAGAAGAAAUAAAAUGGGACCAAUCACCAAAGUCAAUUUUCGAUCAAGUUGAAGAAGAUCUGUUAGAAAAAUCUUCAACUAUUAGACUACAAGCCAAUUUUGAGAAUCGAUUAGAAGAAAGGUCUGAAGAAAUAUUAGUUAAUGAGACUAAUGAUUAUUAUUUUGAGUUAACACUUUUU